GUCGCAUCGACACCCGUGCAACGCGUGUUGGCACGCAUAUUUGUGACGGUCAUCCGUACGCACAUUGCAGUUCAGUAAAGUCAGUCCGUUUGGUUGCCGUACACGACGAAGAAGGGGUUGAGUUGGUCUUCCUUGUUGUACCGCAGAGCCUCACCCUCCUCACAUGGGGCACCACCAGCAGCCUGCAGGUAUGUAUGCAAAGCAGAAAGGGGAAUGGGGUGUGGUGUGGUGUCGGUGAGGGAUUGACGAGAGGCUUAGCUUACUUGGACGACUCUGCCGCCCGCCUCAUUGACGAUGGCGUGGGCAGCGCAGGUAUCCCGCUCACCUGUCACACCACACUCAGACAGAACAGGACAGGACAGGUAGCAGACAGACAAUGAGUAGCUAGACAGGUUGGCAACCAUCCCAUCCCCAGCGUGUGGCUCUGUCUGUUGGUGGAAGGAUGGAUGGGCUUAUAUCACUCACUGCAUACAUACACACAUACAUACCUACAUACCUACAUACGUACAUGUGUCAUGGAGUCUUGGAUAGACAUGGGCACUUCCCUCAGCAAUGAGCAUCAGCUUGAUCGAGGAACUGCCAAACCAAAGAAUGGAGAUCAAAGACACCACACCACACCACGACACAGACACACAUGUCAUGUCGCCGCCUUUUCCCCACAAGUAUUUUUGCCGUGCCGUAUGUAUACUCAGGACUCACUCAACUCACCCGAGAGACACGAGUGUUGGGUUCUUAUAUUUGUCGAUGAAUGCCUGAGUACGUCGGAGGGUGUCCCCUCUGUUUUGUGGCCGUGGGGCCACUAUGGUCAGGCCCUCGUCGUCCUUGCUGAAGGUCGCCGCAUGGAUCCUGCUGACCUCACCAUUCUCCUCCUUGUACGCACCUAACCCACACGACACAAAGUCGGCGCACACACGUGUCAGUUCAUCUAUGCCAGCACCUGCAAGCGCACUUACCGAGGCCUUGCGCGGCCCAGUAGGCGACGCCCUGUGCGGGGAUUGUCACCACACCAGCGAUGGGCGUGGGGCCCUGGCAGACGCCGAUGUUGACCGUAAACUGACCGUUCCCUGUGCACGAGCACACAGGGGAAUGACGUAUGAGAUGUGGAGUGGCACGGCAGGAACCCAUGUUUGAUGAAGUCCUUGGUGCCAUCGAGCGGGUCGACGCAGAAGUGGUGCUGCCAGUUCUUCCGCUCCUCGUAGGCCAGGCUCUCGUUCUCCUCGCUCACGAUGGGCAGGUUGGGAUAGAGCGUGCUCAGCGCCUCACAGAUGACCCUGUUGGCCUCCCGGUUGGCCGCUGUCAGGGGCGAGGCGUCGCUCUUCAUCUCAACCUCCCAUUUGUCCUUCUCGCCCUCAUAGAUGGCCAUAAUGGCCACACCAGCACGCUUUGCUAUCUUGACAACCUCCAAGACGUCCACCGAAGUGCUCCCGCACUGCACAUUCAUCGUCGG